AAAACAUGCAAGAGGUUCAGGUUACAAAAAUUCUCCACCUCUAAAUAUUUCCCCAUUCUCUUACAAGGAAGUGUACUCUUAAAAUGAUUGAGAGCUUGGGAGUUCCUGGCAUAUGCAGAGAACAGGUGCUUGUGAGACCCAGUUUCCAUGGCUUUGGCUGAGGAUAAGCAAUUGAAAAACCUGAAGAUUUUUAAUAAAGGAGACUUCCAUACAGACUGGGUCAGGAUUGCGAGUGGCGGGUUCGGACACGUUUAUAAAGUCAAGCACAAGUUAUGGAGGGAAACAUUUGCAGUGAAAUGCUGCUCGGGGGUGUCUUCCGACUCCGGUUUGUACAGAACCAUGAUAGAGGAAGCUUCCAAGAUGGAGAAAAUGAAGUUCCGAUACAUUGUCCCUGUCUAUGGGAUCUGCAACGAUCCUCCGGCCAUAGUGAUGGAGUACAUGAAGAAUGGCUCUUUGGACCAGAUACUCCCCACCCACAGUCUCAUGUGGGCCAAGAAGUUUGAGAUCCUCCACGAAGUAGCCUUGGGCAUGAACUUCCUGCACAGCGCUACUCCACCCUUGCUUCAUCUCGACCUGAAACCCGGGAACAUCCUUCUAGAUGAAAACCUGCAUGCAAGGAUUUCAGAUUUUGGCUUGUCCAAAUGGAAGGAGUGUUCGAGCAGGAUGGAGUAUAUUGAACUCUCUGCGAUCAGAGGAACGCUGAGCUACAUCCCCCCAGAGAUGUUUCUACAGAACAGCAAACCUCCAGGAACAAAAAACGAUGUGUACAGCUUCGCCAUUGUGAUCUGGGAAGUCCUAACUCAGAAAAGGCCAUAUUCAGGAGCCAAUAUGAUGACGGUGAUAGUAAAAGUGGCAGCUGGGAGAAGACCCUGUAUGGAGGAUGUCCCAGAGGACCGGCCACAGGAGUGCGAGCAGAUGAUUAACUUGAUGCAACGGUGCUGGUGUCAGGAGGCAAGGCGGAGACCAUGUUUUGCAGACAUUACCAAAGAAACAGAGGUCCUCAGUGAGAUGCUGAAAACACCAAACCUGGGUCAGAGACCAAAUGAAAAGGCAAAAACACACCAGCUUCUGUACUGCAAAACCUCCAACAGCAUUAAAGUACCUAAGAUGGCACCAAACACAGAAAUAAGCAAUGAAAGUGAUGAAGAAGGAUCUGAAAAAGACAUCAUUAGCACGAUGAGAAAAAGAGACCUCUCUAUUUUUAAGAAGAUGCUGAAGGAAGUACACGUGACCAUGGUUUUUGAAGACAACUACUCCUUGCUUCACUAUGCCGUUGCCACGGGAGACACAGAGAUUGUAAAGCAAGUUCUGAGUUUUGGGGCGAAGGUAGACUCCCAAAGUGUCAAUGGGUACACACCUUUGAUUAUAGCUGCUCUAUAUAAAUAUCCAGACUUGUGCUCAUUAUUAAUUGAGCAUAAAGCAGAUGUGAACUUGAGUGAUGAGGACAAGUGGACCCCUCUCCAUUUUGCCGCUCAGAAUGGUGAUGACAAGUUUGUGCGCCUCCUUUUAGACAGCAAUGCAGAUGUGAACGCCAAAGAGCGUGACGGUUGGGCGCCUCUUCAUUUGGCAUCUCAGAACGGCCAUGAAAACGUUGUCCGGGUCCUCCUACUACGCCGAGCCGCCAUUGACCUUCAGGAGAACGAGAACCGGACAGCCCUUCACAUUGCAGCCGCUUUCGGCCACAUCAAUAUCCUCAAACUGCUGCUAAGUCAAGGAGCCGACCUGAACAAAAAACAGAAGGGCUGUCAGACAGCACUGCACCUGGCCUCGGAAAAAGGACACUUUAGAGUUGCGAGGCUUUUGGUGAAAAGCGGGGCAGACCUAAACAGUACGGAUAGCAACCACUACACUGUCCUACACAUGGCUGCUUUAAAGGGAUACAAUGGAAUAUGCAGACACCUGCUCAAGCACUGUGCGAAUCCAAAUCUCAAAACCAUGCAAGGGUGGACACCCUUGCACCUCGCUGCUUUCAAUGGCCACGCAGUCACGGUUCGGCUGCUGAAGGAAAACCACGCGAAGCUCAAUGUCAGGGGAGACAUGGGGUGGACACCUCUGCAUUUGGCCACUCGCAGCGGCCAAGAAGAGGUCAUUUCUGAGCUUCUUGAGGCAGGGGCCGACCCCAACGUCGCGGAGGAAUCCGGGUGGAUGCCGCUCCAUCUGGCUAUCCAAAGAGGGAGCUUUCUCAAUGUCCUCAAGCUGAUCGACCAUCGUGCAAACGUCAAUGCCAGAAACAGGUUCGGGUGGACUCCUUUGCACAUCGCAGCACUGAAGGGGAAUGCCCCGAUAGCAAAGGCUUUAUUAAUGAACAGAGCUGAGCUAACCGAGGAUUCAAACGGCUGUACUGCACUGCAAUUAGCAGUAAGAAACCAGAAGGAGAGCGUUGUAAAGUUGCUUGAAGAUGCCCUUGAUGUCAACAGAGAUCCUGCUUCUCACUUUUACAAGGUUGAACACCUUAGGCACUCUUUAAUUUGUAUAACAGUGGAGCACAAACAGAGGAUAAAACAAGCUGGCACUGACUUCACUGGGAUUACUGCAGUGCCCCUGCGCUGUGGUGUCAGAAACACCACAAAGCACAGCUACAGGCUAUACAUUGCAGAGAAUUACCCAAUCUCCCAGGAGAGGCUCCCAUGUCUCCCUAAUUGCUGAGCCUGUCUUUCUGUAUUAAACUUCUGUAUUUUUGAUAUGCUUGGCUGAAAAAUACGUGCUACCUCAGCUCUAAUAGCUUUAUUAUUAUUAAUAUUAUUAUUAUUAUUAUUAUUAUUAUUAUUAUUAUUAUUAUUGAUAAUAAUGUAAAUGUAAUCUGCCCAAGACCUGUUAUACAUUUUGAACAUGUCUGACUCUUCAAAUCCAGGAGGUAGGAGACCCUGAAUCCCAAUGACUUUUUGAAGUUGACAUGCAUCUGAAUUAUUAUUUAUUUGUAGCUUUGUUUAAUAUUUAUCCCAGUCCACACCUGUCGCACCGCUUGUCAGAAGAAAGGCUGCAGAACUCCUUGAGGGAGUAGCUACGUUCCAAUA